AUGGUGAUUGGGUACCUAAAUCAGAGGAGGCGCUGUCAAGUCAGUGUGUCAGCUGAAGAAAAAGUAGAAGAAGAAGAAGAAGAAGAAGAAGAAGAAGAAGGAAAUACAAAGCGUGGAAGAGAAAGCUGUUUGUUUUUUUCCUCUGAACCGUUAGGAGUCUCGUACCUUCAUGUUUUUACAGCAGUGACAGCGAUGUCAGGUAGGGGCAGGCUGGUGCCCUGUGUGUGUCUCGGGCUGUUUGGUGUGCUGUGUUGGGUGUGGGUCUCCUUUGCCUCCUUUCCAGAUGAUCAGCUUUCCCUGGAGGACGUGGACCGAGGAGCCUUUCUGCCCCAGAGUGCUCUGUCUGAAAUGGAGUUUGCCUCCAUCAGUUCAUACAGAGGACCUGGCAACACUGACCACCGCAGCAAUAAGGAGCUGCCUAUUAUCCUCUGGUGGAGUGGGGGGCUGUUCCCACAUUUUCCUGGGAACACCGAACGCAUCGACUGUGCCACGUCCUCCUGCCUGGUAACAAAGAACCGCAAGGUCCAGCUGUACAAACGGACAACAUCCAUCAUCUUUUACGGGACAGACUUCAGGGCAUAUGAGGCGCCCCUCCCACGUCUCCACCACCAGACAUGGGCACUAUUCCAUGAAGAGUCACCCAUGAAUAACUACAUCCUCUCUCAUAGCCCGGGGAUCAGGCUGUUCAACUACACCGCCACAUUUCGCAGGGAGUCUGACUAUCCUCUGACUUUGCAGUGGCUGCCCUCUCUUGAAUACUUGCUGGAGCCUUCAGCUGUGUCUCUACAGGAGAAGAACCGUCUGAGGAGGGAGGGCCUGGCUCCCGUGCUAUACAUGCAAUCCCACUGCGACGUACCAUCAGACAGAGACAGAUAUAUCGUGGAGCUCAUGAAAUACAUUGAGGUGGACUCUUAUGGGAAAUGCUUGAACAACAAGCCUCUACCUGGACAUCUGGAGGACACAUCCACCGCUACCGGCGAGGAACCCAGAUUCAUGAAUUUUGUAGCACGCUACAAGUUCCACCUGGCACUGGAGAAUGGCCUGUGUCCAGAUUACAUGACGGAGAAGCUUUGGCGGCCUCUCCAUCAGGGCUGCGUGCCUGUUUACCGAGGCUCCUCUGUGGUGACAGACUGGAUGCCCAAUGACCACAGUGCCGUCAUCAUUGAUAACUUCCCCUCACCAAAAGCUCUUGCUGACUUCCUCAAACACCUCGAUGAAAACGAUGAUAAAUAUGCAAAAUAUUUAGAGUUCAAGAACCCCAGACAUGUAACGAACAUGCGCUUACUGGAAGCUCUUGAGACCCGUGAGUGGGGAGUUAAUGACAUGAGUAAACCGAACUACUUGAAUGGAUUUGAAUGUUACGUGUGUGAUCAGGAGAAUGCACGGCUGGCAACGGAACGAGCGUAUAGGAAAGCGCCUAAGAAGAACAAACCUCCUCAGCCUAAAAUGGCUGAUAACUUGCACAUGGGAUGCCCCCUGCCCAGUCCUGGGUAUGGAGAUGUCCAAGACUUGCCUGCAAAUGAUGGAUGGUUACAAACAUGGCCUCAGGAUUACUGGCAGAGUCUGGACCAAGCACAGGGGCUGGAGUCUCUAAUAAGACAUAACGAGUCGGACCCUUCACUGCUGUGGAAGCACAUCCAAAACAUGGCUGUGAGCAGAGCCAGAGGAAAACACUAGAGGGUGUCUGAUAUUACGAAGCCUCUCUGUUUAAAUGAGGGAAUGAAGCAGCAAUUACUCAUAUUUUUGCACCUGAGCCAGACUCCUACACUGAGGAGCAGUUUAGUUAUACUGUAACAGAUUUUGACAUUGUGUGCAGGUGUUUGGAUUCCUUUGUCCUUUCCCCUAGUUUAGUAAUAGGGGAAUUAUGUUUUAGAGCGCUAUAUGCUAAUAUUUUCAAGUUUUAUUACUGAGGCAGAGGCACUUGCCCUGUGUUGCUAGCAUUAACUGCAUGCAGUGCAGCUGUUCUAGAGAUGCACAUUGUCCUGGGAGGCACAUUUUCAUUGGACUGGGGCAGAGCCAAAGACUUGUCCUUUGUACCAAGGGAGCUCUGCCUAAAUGUGUGUGAAGACCAUCAGGACUGCAGCCAAGGAACUACAUUAGCUUGUUAACGGUUACUCUGCAGGUAGCUGAUGAUUAUUGGCGUAAGUCACAUUUAUGUACAAAGCUGUUUUAAGUGACUAUGCAAGGAAAAUAUUAUGUUCACUAAUGUUAUGCGGCACAACUCCCAGUGGGGAAAAAUCACCACUGUGUUCCUAACAGAGUUCUCAGGACAGGCGAAUGAAUUUCUGUGCUAUAUACUUUAUUGCUUUAACUGUAUUCUGUUACUUCUUUAUGUGCAGUCAUCUUUUUUAAAUGACAUAAAUAUGUAACAGCUCGAGACUCCACAGUCAGCCGUGGGUCUCCUUGCAGAGUAAGUCUGUGUAUCACAUGUUUUUUUUUUUUACCAGGAUCAUAUAAAUCAGUUUAUUUUGUUAACAAACCAUCAUCUAUGUGAGCACACUCUUUUGUAUCGCGGAGAACGAAGAAAGUAAACAUUUUUGUAACAAA